UUUUUUACCAUUUACGAGGAAUAAUUUUUUCUUUCCAUUUUUUCUCAUUUUUUUUAUUCUAGGGGAAUAUAGAACAAAUUCUCGCUUCCCAAAGUUGAUAAGGAAUAAUCUUCAUUUUCAUUCCUAAUGUUUCUAUAAUAGUCACUAGUUAGACUCUAUGUUCCUUAUCAUUCCUUAAAUUUUUUACCAUUCAUGAAGAAUAAAUUUUCUUUUUCAUUCCUCUUCGUUUUUUUGUUUGUAGAGAAUUAUAGAACAAAUUUAUUCCUUAUUAAAUUUGAUAAAAACUAUCAUUCUUCGUGAUUUUUAAAAUUUUAUUUCUACUCGUUAUUUUUCAAUCCAUUCUUACGAUAGUUACCGGUCAAACCUUACAAAUUGACAGUCAUAGUUUUAUUUCCUUGUUCAUAUUAUAUAUUAUCAUUUUGAUUUAAGAGCUUGAUUUAAUACAAUAAUAACUUAUGGUAACAAAUAUAAUAUUUAAGAUUUUAUACUAAAAAUGUAAUUUCAAGAGAUUGACUGUUUUUCCGAUGAUAUCUGGUCAACUUUUACCCACUUUCCUUAUUUCUCUACUUUAUUGCAUUAAUUCGCACCAUUAAUACACCACACAAAAAUCCACACUUACCUUUUAUAUUUCGUUAUAAAUACAGUCUUUACAAAAUCAAAAGGAAAAUACACCCCCACCCACAGAUUUGCUUUAAAAUGAUAAAACAAAUCUCCUCCAUCCAUUAUUUGCUUUGAAAAUAAAAAUAAAAUUUUAAAAUUUUAAAAAUCAAGUGGAUGCUUGAGAUUUGGUUUCUAUAUAAUCCAUGACAAAUCCUUCAUCAAAAACCUCUUUCCCCUUCACUCAUAUUCUCUUCCUUAUCCCCAAAUCCUUUGUUUUAUUAUCUGUUUGCUCUUUAUAUUUAGAGAUCUCCUCUGUUUGUUUUUGGUAACAUAUUCAAAAAUAGAACUCCUUCUCCUCCUCUGUUUCUCUGUUAUAUAUCAUUAAAAACUGAGAAUUUGAUGAUCCGAAACUGAUGACUCCCGUUCUCUGCGAAAUCUUGCUCUCGGGGCUCACGGUUAAAUCUGCUCUCUGCCGUAGAACCCAUCUCGUUCAAUCUUUCUCCGUCGUCUUCCUUUACUGGUUUUACAACGUUUCAUGAAUUGCUGAAAACUCCCAAAACUAAUCUUUAAAUUAACUAUUACAUCAUAUAUUCAUUAUUUUCAGACAAAUCUAAAACCAACCAAAAAAAAACAAACUGUCCUUUCUUUUGUUCUUGUAAUAUUCUUGUAAUAAAAUGGCGUCAUCAAGCAGCACAUACCGGAGCUCGAGCUCCUCCGACGGCGGGAAUCCAUCUGACUCCGCCGUUACCGUCGACGAGCGGAAACGCAAGAGAAUGCUAUCGAAUCGUGAAUCUGCACGUAGAUCAAGGAUGCGUAAACAGAAACACGUCGACGAUCUAACGGCUCAGAUCAAUCAGCUUUCAAGCGACAACCGUCAGAUCUUGACGAGUCUCACCGUCACCUCUGAGCUUUACAUGAAGAUCCAAGCCGAGAACUCCGUCUUGACCGCUCAGAUGGCGGAGCUAAGCACCAGACUCGAGUCGUUGAACGAGAUCGUCGAUCUCGUGACGACGACCAAUGGUGGUGGUGUCGAUCAGAUCGACGGCUGUGAGUUCGAUGAUCGAACGGCUGGGAUUAAUUGCGACGGAUAUUACGAUGAUAUGAUGAUGAGUGGCGUUAAUCAUUGGGGUGGUUCGGUUUACACUAACCAACCCAUCAUGGCCAAUGAUAUCAAUAUGUAUUGAAUUAAAAUUAAUUAUAAAAACUAGUAUUAUUGCCCCCUUUAUUAUUCUUAAGUUUAGCUUUUUGUGGUUUGGGGUUGGUGUGGAGAUGUAGCAAAGUACAUGCAUCUUGAUUGUUUGGAAGGAUAAAUAAACUUAUAUAUUGGGGCAUAUAUAUAGGCUGUCCUUUGUUAUGUAUUGGUGUGCGCUUUUUGUUUAUUAAUAAUAAUAUAAAUUUUGAA